AACAAGUUGGGACAGGUAGAGGCCGGAAAAGUUAAAUGUACAUGUAAGGAACAGCUGGAGGAGGACCAAUGUUUAGGAAUAGAAAUGUUGUCCUAUUCGUGUCUAAUACAGACUUCUAGUUGCUCACCUGUCUUAGGUCUUCUUUGUUCUUUGUUUUUUUCUGAGUUGAGGUUGUAUAAAUAAUCAUAAACAAUUGCUUGUUUUAUUUCUUGUUACACAUAAUAUGUAGUUUAUAGGUGCAUUACAUUACUAUAACUUUGUGUUGUAUUACCUUGUAUUACAGAUUACAGUGUUUGAAAAAGGAAAAAUUUUAUUAUUAUUAUUAUUUUGUACAUUUUUCUGGCUGAAAUUCCUCCAUUCGCGCGCGCCCGCGCACCCUUCUACACAAUUCUGUGCCUUUAUGACGCGUUGUGUUUAUGACAUAAUUACAGCGUGAUGAUUCUUAUUCUGUAGUUAUGGCUGUUUUUUUUUCAAUAAAAAAAAACGUUAAGUCACAAAAUAAAACAGGUUGUGUUAUUUUUGCUGGAGGUGUAUCAGUGUAAUAUGAGUGAUGAAAAUAACGCAUCGUUGUGGGUGGAGGUUGAGGAACUGCGACGUGAAGUAAAUGAACUGAAAACAUCGCUGCUGGAUGUCGCGACGAAAAACACGCGACGCGAAUCUGAAGACGACUGCACAGGAAUUCGCGAUAAGAGACUCAGUGAAUCUGUGGAUGAGAGGAACUUCAGUGAAGAUCUGCUGAGGAGACCUCAGAAAAGCUCUUCAUUCAUGAGUCUGCUACCAUCACAAACAUCAUCAUCUGAAGAUCUGUUCAGCUCUCGCUUCAUAUACCACAGACUGAAAGAUCCGAGGAGGUUACUGGGUGAAAUUGCUUUCCAGCUGGACCGUCGAAUCCUCUCGUAUGUUUUCCAGGAACAAUCUAGGUUGUAUGGAUUCACCGUGCAGAACAUAAAAGACAAAAUAGAGCAGGUCUCCACACAUCCACUGACUGGGAAAGUAGAUGAAGCGUACAAGCACCAGCUGUUCAAACGUCACACAGAGAUCAUGGACAGGCUUCAGAGACUGGGCUACAACAUGAGUCUUCACCCUCCCUUCACCGAGUUUAUCAUCAACACAUAUGGGAUAUUGAAGGAGCUUCCAGGUGUGUAUGGAGACCAGGACACAGCUUCUUUAAACAAUCCAGAGUUUCUGCGUAAGGUGAUUGUUGAAAACGCUCCGUCCAAGCUGCUGAAGGAUCUUCUGCUUUUGCUCAGCUGCUUGUGUUUCAUGUCGAAACAGGACGGCAAGAGUCUCUUACUGUGGUAAAAAGCAUCAGUCAUAUUCACUCCCAUCAUGCUUACCAGGAGAAAAAGUCUCAGCAGAAUCCCUUGACUGAAAAUAAACAGCAAAGAAAUGCAAUGUGUUGUUGGAAAGUUGCUUUCCUUUGGUUUGCAUCAGAUUUAAUAAGAUCAUUUAUGCAGAAUGUGCUUCACAUAAGGGUUUUAUUAUUAUGAAGGAACAUAAACUCCUCUCUACAGUCAUAUUUCAUUGCUUCUGUUGAUGCACACGUUGUCCAUUAACAAGAGAUCAUAUGAUCCUGUGCUUCUAUCCUAACCUAGAAAAUGUGAAAAAAACAUCAACCCAGUAACCCAGAUCAGUAUUUGCAUUUCCUUGGCAUUUAAAGGAAAACCCAAAAAUGGCACAUUUUUGCUCACACCUACAAAGUAUCAAUUUUAUCGUGUUAUAAUAAAUGAUCUAUGAAUACCAUAAGUAA